UCCGUGUUCAGUCUAUAAAGCAUCAUUAUACCGUAUCUUCAGUGAUACAAAACUAAUGCCACAUCAAGGCCUAUGUCAUCAGAGUUACGUGUUAUUUUUUGGAAACGAAUUAUCUCGAAAAAGAGGUUACAGAAAAAUGUAUCUUGCGAGGUGUAAAUUGCAGAUGAUUAAGGCGACUAUGGAAGUGAAAAACAGUCCGGCCGAGCACUGUUAUACACGUAUACACACACACGCAGACCCGUCAACAUGCAACGUGAAUAUGUCUUUGAGCUAAACAGGACUGCCUGCGUAGAACGGACUUAGAAGACAUGACCAGGCAGUCUCUCCUGAACCAUCUCCACUUCUACAUUGAAGUUCACACGCUCUGCAAAAACUGUAACAGAUCUAUGCUUACAGUGUUUUUGGUAUACUGAUCAUGACUCGACAUCCAAGCACCACUGUAUUAUUUCUAAGCGUGUCUUUGUUCGCCAUCUGUGUUGUCUCUGCCGAACCUCGAACCACUGCUUCAUUAACAUCGGAACGCAGGCGUUAUGACUGCCCGCUCUGCGACUCCUCUGUCUUCAGCUACUGCAGUGACAAGCUUCUGCACGACGCGUGUUGCUGCCUCAGACCCUACGAACUGCCCUACCAGUGUAAUUACGCAGACUGCUCUUUCCUCCACGCCAACUCGUGUCGAGAGCACAAACUCAUCACAGCCUGCUGUUGCAGUAAGGUCAUCUUCCAUUACAAGUAAUGGAACAACAUGCGAUUCUCUGCGGGUGAACUGAUUUUCAAAGAAACGAAGAUGCGAAUUUGUGUUGAUAUCCAUUUGUCGCAUACAGACGGGCAGAACAACAAACACAUUACACACCGUAAAAUUCUAGAAAUACUCCGAACGUAUCACACUUGUAAUUCUGUAUCACCAUUCACGAAUCUACCCUCUCUCACAGAAUAUUUUAGAACUCAUAUAACCAAGUUGUUGAUUUUAUUUAUUAGAAUAAAUCAUGAUAUAUACGUGCUUUGAAUGCAUAGAUUCACUCGCCCAAACGUUCUCAUGGUGUAGUGAUUAAUUAAUUGAGCACAUUGAUAAUUUACUUUACUUUUACGAGUACGUCCUACUGACAUUUCUUAGAAACUGUGAAAACCGUUAAAUUAAUAGGAACGACUAAAGGCUCUGCUUUCAGACCUAGCCUUUGGGUUGUGUGUGAGAAGUACGGAAAGAAGUAUCGAGGUAGUGUAUUAUGGAAGGAAAGGAUCAAGGGUGACGCACUGUAACUAACGUAAAGUUAAGCUAUCUCUGUAUUUAAUUAUGCAACUACGCACCACACCAUGAAGGAAUAUGAGGAGUGAAUGUAUAGCUCCAACAUCUGAUCUCGGUACUAUAUGGAGGUGAGUGAUCAGCUUCACGUCUCUGACGCUUUAACCCCAGGGAUAAGGCCUCCGAUACACUUUGGGCAGGACCCAUAUCCGGUCUGGACACUGUGGAGAGGAGAAUAAUCUUUUUACUCUUGCUGGGAAAUCUUAACUCCGACUGCCCAGCCCACAGCCUUAUAUCGCUGUACCGACUGAGCUAUGCCGGCUUCUCACACUAUAACAAAGGCCCUAUUAUGAUCCAACAAUACCGUACAAUCCUUAACUCAGUUACCGAAUGCGACUAGAGUCACAGUGCAUUUUGUUGAGAACGGCCAGGUCCAAAAGCCCGGGCACUAAAAAUCCAUCAAACUGGUUAGUUGUACGGUACAAUUCAUCCUCUGUUAAAGUUUCGUUCCAGCGGGUUUUAUUUUCUUAUUCCACACUACAAAUCUUUCAGAACCUACAUCAACGGCUCUAGACCCUCACUAUCUUCAUUCACGUUAAUCAGGUCCAACAAUGAAUGCAACAAAGGCAGUAGUUUUUAACUGAAAAAAAAAAUGUGGCGACGGUAAAUUGUUGCUUGAAGACAGCUUUCCUAAUGUACGAGGAAAUUAUGUCUUCUACUGUAACGUCAUAGAAGUCCCAAUCAAAAGCUGACGUCGUUUUAUGCGUUAUUACAUAAACAGUAUCAUGUUAACGAUGUACAACAAAAGCAUUUAUAUUUCAUUAAAAAAUGUUGUUGUAUAAAGUGU